AUGGCAACCCAAGCUCACUGCGCCUUCUGCUUUGAGACGCUGGCCGCAAGCCUCGAAAAGCGCCCCGGACUGUCCCUCCCUGAAGUCGAAGCACUCUGGUCAAAAUAUAAUCGCUCGCUCAUUAGCAGCUCGCCAUCUAACUCCUCCGACCCUCUCCCUCCCGGCACAUCUACGCCUUCCACAGCCCCAUCCUCGACCACACACUCUGGUCUCUCCACCCCCGGCGAUUCGGCAAGUGCAGCCAGCAGCGCAAACUCCAGCACCAGCUCCCUCAAUGAAGAACACCCACUCUUCAUAACCUACAACACCCUCACCUCUCGCGGUGACAAACACCUCCGAGGUUGCAUUGGCACAUUCUCCCCUCAGCCCCUUCCUACCGGUCUGUCCUCAUACGCGCUCACUGCCGCGUUCGACGACGGUCGAUUUUCUCCCAUCAGUGCUUCCGAGCUUCCCAGCCUUGAAGUCGGCGUCACGUUGCUUACUGACUUUGAGCCUGCCAAGGACGCGUGGGACUGGGAGGUGGGUGUGCAUGGGCUGAGGAUCUCGUUCAUGGACAAGGGGAGGAGGCUAGGGGCUACCUAUCUUCCGGAUGUGGCGAGGGAGCAGGGCUGGGAGAAGGAGGAGGCGUUGGUGAGUUUGAUGAGGAAGGCAGGGUGGAAGGGGAGGAGUGCGGAGUGGACGGGCGUGGAGCUAGGGGUUACAAGGUAUCAGGGGCGCAAGGUGGCGUUGAGUUGGGGGGAGUGGAAAGAAUGGAGGGACUGGGUGGAUGAGGAUGGCAAAGAUGAGUAG